GCAAGUACCCUGAGGUGGCGGAUCAGUGUGUGGAAAGACAUGGAGGCAAGACUGUGAGGCAGACAGCGAGGAGAACCACCUGUGAAGAAACCAGAGAAAAGAAGUGAAGUGAUGAGCAAAGCAGAUGAGUUGAAAAAGCUUAACUCUCACCCUCGGGGCUCAGUGAAAACAUUAGGACGAGGAGAGGCAACACAGAGUCCGGUUUGUUAACAUCACAAGGUCCACUCCACACCAAGAUGACUGACUUCUCCAACGCCACCACUCACAACGAGAGCCUCCACCCGUACCGCUGCAUGUUCGACGAGGACUUCAAGUACAUCCUGUUGCCCGUCAGCUACGGGGUGGUGUUCGUGGUGGGCCUGGUCCUCAACGUGGUCACCCUCUACGUCAUCCUGGUCCAGAGGCACAGCUGGAAGUCCAGCACCAUCUACAUGUUCAACCUGACCGUCUGCGACACCAUGUACAUCCUCACCCUGCCCUUCCUCAUCUACUACUACGCCGACGAGAACGACUGGCCGUUCGGCGAGCCGCUGUGCAAGCUGAUCCGCUUCCUGUUCUACACCAACCUGUACGGCAGCAUCCUGUUCCUGUGCUGCAUCAGCCUGCACCGCUUCCUGGGCAUCUGCUACCCCAUGCACUCGCUGCGCUGGGCCAGCACGCGGCGGGCGCGGCUGGUGUCGGCGGGCGUGUGGGCGGUGGUGGUGCUCGUCCAGGCGCCGGUGCUCUACUUCUCCCGCACGCGCGACCGCGGCCCCGCCGACCGCACCUGCUACGACACCACCAGCGAGGAGCUGUUCGACAGCUUCAUGGCCUACAGCAUGGCCGUCUCGGUGCUGCUGUUCGCGCUGCCCUUCAUGGUGGUCAUGGUCUGCUACGGGCUCAUGGUGCGCAAGCUGCUGGAGCCGCCGCACAUGAUGGCCGCCGCGGCGGACGCCAACGCGGCGCGCUCCCGGCAGAAGUCGGUGAAGAUGAUCAUCAUCGUGCUGGCGGUCUUCAUGCUCUGCUUCCUGCCGUUUCACCUGACGCGCAGCCUCUACUACAGCUUCCGUUACCUGGACGAGCAGAUCAGCUGCACCCAGCUGGAGGCGUCCAGCAUCGCCUACAAGGUGACCCGGCCCCUGGCCAGCGCCAACAGCUGCAUGGACCCGGUGCUGUACUUUAUGGCGGGACAGGGCUUCCGUAGGAACAUCACCAAAAAGAGCAAAUACAGACACACGGAGAAAAUUAAGACAAUGUCCACUCCUAUGUGACUCUCGGGGGCAAAGAAGGCCUGAAUGGAAGGCCUGUGUAGUGUGUGAGACCGCCGGUGGGGCUCGAUUGGCCUGGGGUGAGGAUGGAUCACACAGAAGGGCAUCAUGGGAAUUAAGGGCAUUUUCACACCUAGUCCUCUUUAAGUGGACCAAAAAGUGAACCGACAGCAAAAGGACUCAGUUCUGUUUUCACAUCAAUUAAGGUCUCAGGUUCAAUUCCAAGGGGUCUGGGUACACUUUGAAACGUUCACAUGUGCAUAGAAAAUGCUGAGUCACAGGUCUGAGUUCACUUAAAUGGCUGAAAGGGACCAGGUGUGAAAACCCUAUAAUGUGCACAGAGUCCUAGCAGUCAUACAGUAUACAUGGGUUUACCGUUUGUAGACAAUCCCUGGCUGCGCAACCCUGACUGCACACUGUUUAACCUCUGAUAGUUGGAAACUGCUCUCGGUCAAAAAAAUGAGCUUACGUGGUUGGCUGAUUAGCAUUUCGCCCCUCCUCAUAACACGAAUGUUUGUAAAUGAAAAACCCAUGUAUAGUCAGUGAUGCAGAAGUUGAGAUGAUAUGGGCGCCCUCUCCAUAGAGAUUUGUGAAUUCAUUUCAGAGUGUGUCUUGAUAGUCUGUACAGCAACUGUGUGUUUCCCCCAUCAGACAGAAUGUACUUCUUGCCAGCUCACUUUAGUGUACCUUGUGUUAUUUUUCUUGUUAGAUAUCUGUUGAUUAAUUUCAUUGUGUUUUGAAUAACAUGUAGCCCAGUCUGUCUGUACAAUGCCUGUUAUGAGCCAGGUAUACGUAUAAGCUUUUCCUUCAUCUGAAAGAAUUAAAUUCCUUCCAGUUCACUGGCUAGAUACACUAGAUAGUGUAUUUUACAUCUUCUAAAUCCUGUAUGGUCUGUUCUCUACAUGGAAAAGCUGUUGUACCAGUUUCCUGUGCUCUUGUGCCAUUAUAAUGAUUCAAGGAUGCCUAAAGCAACUUUGCGGUACAGUAAUGUAUUGUGUUUAAUUUGAAAGGUAUAACAAUAAUUACACAGGGAUUACCCAAUUUACUAGAGGCAAAUGUACUGUCUGUGAAAAUGUGAUAUGUCAAUCUAUUUGUUCCCCUUUGACAUUACUGUGGUUGGGAAGGAAGACUCGUUUUCCUUUUUUAAUCACUGAGAAAAUGAAAAAAACAAAUGUUGAGAGUAGAAGCUAAAGGUAAUUCAGCCUUUAUGAAUGUAACUUUACAAUGAUGUUUGUAGCACGUGUACAGUAUUUCCUCAGUAUGAGAAGGUUGUAAUGGUCCACCUGAGCAUUACAUAUUGUUAUGUACAUGAAUGACCAGUAGGGGGGACUCUAUUCUUGUGCAGUCCAGAUUUUACACACAGAUCUGGUAUAGGCCUGUUUGGUACAGUUGUUUGUGUUCCUGAAGCCUCUGGGUAAAAGUCUUUUAAUGAUGAGAAAAAAACCCGGAGCAAAACACCUCACAGACAAAAACAUUGCAUUGUAUCAUUUCUUUAUUUAAAGAGUACAAAUAUCAUGUAUAUUGGAUAUUGUAAUGUAAUAAAUAAAAUCUACAAUUAUGAAUUGAUGAAUUUCCCGUUUUUAUUUCUCACCACAUUUGGUUUGAGAUGAAAAUUUUGUAACACAUAUGAGAUGAGACAUAGAAGUGUCCAAACAAUAAAUAGGAUCUAUUUUAGAACCUUUUUGGAGCUGAAUGCAAAAUAAAAAUAAAAUAAAAUAGAAAACAGAAAUUACAAAAUACAAAAUGCCACCCUAUAAAAUGUGCUUGUAAACGUUAAUAACAAAACAAAAGCUACGCUAACGUAGCCAUUCUCCCACUACCUCUUUUUGCAGUUUAAAUAAUAAUACUAAUAAAAUACUUAAACAUCAUUAAGAGGAAUGAAAUGAAAAGGUCAGUCUUCAUUUGAUCAAAGUCAAAUACCGUUAAAAAUCCCUUUAACACACAACCCUCUUAUCAAAACCAUGAUUUUCACAUUUUUGAUGUUUCAGCGAUGCUUGUGGGUCUGUGUUGCAAAGGUGAAGACACUCCACAAAUGUACCAGGAAUGAAGUAAUAUUUCACAGAAAUCGUUGCACCCCUUGGUGUGUCUGUGUUAUAUCUGGGUCUGAGGCGUAGUGUCUGUGCGUGUUUGGAAAUGUUGACAUCUGUCUCUUUAGUGUUGAUAAGGUCCUCAUGUGCCUGUCGUUGACAUGGCAACAGCUAGCCUCAGAUUUCCGCCCAGAUUACUGCCACACUGGAGGGGUGCCUCUUUCUAUGGCGAUAUAUGCAGUGAUGUCCAGUCGAAAUGAUUUAAAAACAAAAGAACUGUAUGUGUUUCAGAAAUCACUCCUUUGCAUAACCAUUUGGGAGGAGGUAGGUUUAGUGACAGACUCCUAAAUGAUCACAGUGCUGCAGCAUUUUUUUAUAUACCUUAAUCUUAUUUCUCCACUUGCUCCCACCACUGAUUGUUACUUCUAAAAAAGUCAUGCAUUGAUGCACAAAUGCUAUGCCAUGCCGGCUUUGUAAAACCCUUAAACAUUAUCAUUUCCGAGAUGACAUCUGCUACGAGUUGCCUGAAAAACAGAAAAAAAACCUGUACAGUAGAAUUGGGCCAAAGGUCCACAUGAUUUAAUGAUGAUGAAGUUAGGCUACAGAGUGGACUGGGGGAGAAAUAGGGCCCAGGCAUAUUUGGCUUAAAAGUUUUAAACAUUUCUGAAAAUAGGGGCCCACGAGGGUGCAGGGCCCACCGGGAAAUACCCGCUAUGCCAGAUGGUCAGUCCAGCCCUGUUCCUGCUCAAAAACUUCAUGUGACAGUGGUGCCUCCACAAGGAGGAAAAGGUUAAUAGUACCUAACUGACAGAAGACCCAUUUUUAAAAAAUACUGUAUUUAUUGCAAUUGGGAAUAAGGCCCAAAACUACUGUUUUUUCUAUUUUUUUUCUAUCGGCAUCCUCAUCAUGGAGCAAAAACUUCACACAUCCUUGAUGGGAACAUCCUCCAGCUGUUCCCAGCACAGGCUUCGUCACCUGUGCCAGUAUAUUCAGGUGCUACAUGUCUGGGGGUCUUAGCCAUCUGGCCAGAGGUGGAGCUAUAGCGGGGGCAAGCAGGGCAUUUGCCCCGGGGGCCCAGGGCCCUCCUAUAUUGGUGGUGGGGGCCCUAUUGUGACCUUGGCAGGCUUUAUGGGGGGGACCUGUCAGUGUCUUGCCCUGGGGCCCAGUGUGCAAGUGUUCUGCCACUGCAUCUGGCCCUAGACUAACUUCCCAGACAUGCUUUGUACUGUGCUAGAGUCUUAUUUAUUCAGAGGGGAGCGAGACAGAGUGUGUUUGGGAACAGCGACGUGUGAGAGUAGGAGGAGGAGGAACCCUGAGCAAAAAUGGGGGGAAAUGGCAUCUCUGACUCAGCUCAGUUGGGAAAGGAUGUGCUCUCUUGAUGUGUGUGUCUACGUGUGUGUGUGUGCGUAUGUGCAUGUUUCUGUGUGUGUGUGUGUGUUUCCUUCCCCUCUUAUUGAAUCAGUCAGUCAGUCAGCUCCCUUCUCUUUAUGCCGCCAGGUUGUACUGAACCAUAUAAAAAGGUUGGCUGUUCUUACUGCUACUAGGAACUCUGUGUGUGUGUGUGUGUGUGUGUGUGUGUGUGUGUGUGUGUGUGUGUGUGUGUGUGUGUGUG